UGAUAGUGUCAUCGUUUCUCCGUAAAUGUUGUGACGUUUUGUAAAUAUUAAUCGUCUCCUUGGGCCAAUCAAAAAGAUAGUUAAAGUUAGAUUUGUCGGAUGAAUGUUCAGAAUGAAGAAUUUGUCUGAUUGAGCCUCUGCACAUUGAUAUAAAGAGGGAAGAAAAUUUUCUUACGAAUCGAUACAUUAGUCACUCUUAAAGGUUCGAGUUAGUGCUCUCUAGUUUUAUUCCAGUCGACAAUUUAAGUAAGGAGACAUGUCCACUUCGAUCAUGUCAAAUGCCAAACUCCAGGACGACAUGAGUAGCAUUCCGUUGGCUGAUGAUGAUCCACAAGUGAUCAUCCCAGAAGAAGAUGUGCCUGACAAUGACUCCCAUAUAUCAGGUGCCUUCGCUCGAGGUCGUAGCAUGGACUCUAUACCAUCGACUUUCACCAAUGGCAGCUGUAGUCCAAACAGUCUAGAUCCCGACGUGAGUCCCGAUGAGCAGGAGGAGAAGGCCAGGUUAAUCUCGCAAGUCCUUGAGCUCCAAAAUACCCUAGAUGAUUUAUCGCAGAGAGUUGACAGUGUGAAAGAAGAAAAUCUUAAAUUGCGGAGUGAAAACCAGGUGCUGGGGCAAUACAUCGAGAACCUCAUGUCUGCAUCAAGUGUGUUCCAAUCGACGAGUCCAAAAUCCAAAAAAAAGUAAGCUCCGUAUUUUCGAUUUUAUCCUUGACACUGAUUCAGUACUGGAUUUAGUAAUUUUAGGACUUCUCAGAUUCUCAAUGCUUUUUCUUAAUUUUAUAUGAGAAUAAAAAGGUUCUGUGGCAGUAUUUGACAAUCUUCAAUAACAUUAUGGAGAUAAAUAUUGUUGAAUCGCACAUGUCGAUCGAUCUUGAAACAAUUCCCAGCGUCAGUGAAAAUUGAAAAUAAUUUUUGAAAGAUGAUACAGCCGGAUUUUGCAUUCAAGAAUAUUUUUCCUUCCAUCAUCUGACAUUAGAAUCUAAUAUUAAAAUUAAAUAAUAAGCAUUGCAUAUGCUUUCGUCAAAAUUCACUGAACUCUGCAACUGACUUUACGAGAAUGACAUUUUACGGGGCCUCAAUCACCAAAGAACGCAAUUUAUAAUUUAAUAAUCGUCUGGAAACUUCCUUACUCCUAAGAGUUUACGAAGGCUUGAUAGUUCAUAAUUGAUAGAUAAUUUAUAUUUAAACGUCAUAAUCCCAGAAUUUCGGAGUUAAUCAUUUUUACAUGAAUAAAUUAAUGUAAUUUUCUUUAAUUAAUAAGGAAAUGCGGAGUGCUGUGCUGAAACAAUUCUGUUGAUUUAAAUCUUAAUUAAAUGACAGCAAUGAGUGAAAAUAAUUGAAGUAGUACAAUCACCGAUUGUUGGUGAAAAAUAAAAAAUAAUGAAAGAUUAAAUAUUCAAGCACGAGCUUCGCUUACAGUACUUGUUGUACAGAAGAGAGAAAUGAUUUAUAUUAGAUAUAAUUGUCAUAUGAGAACUUAUAUAUUGCAUAUAUAGAAAGUAACUUCUGUUAUGUCUAAUGAGAGAGAGUGAAAUGAUAAAAAUGAUUAAUUAUAUAUUUCGCUCUAUCUUAUACAUAUUAUUUGCUGCUUAUUCCUGUGUACGUGGAUACAGACAACUGAUGGCUUGACAUGAUCACUUCUAAUACAAGAAUCGUAAUGUAACUUGCUAAUCGGAAAGUGGAGGCUCAUGAGCACAAGCACAAUGACUGCACAAUUAUGAGAUUAUGAGAUGAUUCCAUUGUUAAGUCACGGUAUGAUAAUAAAUAUUGAAAACUAAAAA